AUAGUCUCAAUUAUUAAUUCGGCAGCCCCCACAGGUAUACUUCCUACAAGGCGCGCCCAAGAAUGCCGGGCGCUCUAUACCUUCGCCCAUCUCCUCGCGCCUUCUUCCUCAUUACAGAUUCUCAUGCCCUCGUGUUCCGACAACCAUCCUCUUCCGAGUCCAAGGCGUCCAGAGGCGUGGUAGUGGCAGAGUUUCUCCCUUUGGAAGAAGUAGACUAUAAUGACCUCAUCAAGGUAAAAGGAAGGGCGGAUGGAGUAUUGGGAGUUGUCAGCGUACCUAGCGAACGAUCUCCAAUCCCAGAAAUCUUCUUACUCCUUCUGACUCAUUCAAUUUCUCUUCCGCCUCUCAUCCCAUCUUCUUCCCUCCAGCCUUCUCGGAUUAUCUCUGUUGAAUUCCACUCUCUUUCCUCUCCCUUCUGGGACCAACCCGAACUUACCAACGCUGCCAGGUCUCUUGAUUACGGCUAUGACGAUGAAUAUGACGAAGUCAGUGCGACAUAUGCCGCUGCUGGAGGUAAUUCUACCCAAAUGUCGGCAGCACAACAAGCAGGCCUUCAACAUCCAUGUAGCGGAAUGAAAAAGUAUCUCGAAUCAGGAUCCUUCUUUUUUGCUCAAGACUGCAAAUGGGAUAUUUCAUCUCGUCUAUCAAGCUCUUCCAACUGGGUCAAAGAACAACAAUCGAGUUCCGGUGGUGGUCACCCUUUGGAGGAUUUCGACGAGAGGUUUGUCUGGAACAAGAGUCUGUUGGAACCGUUCCUCGACUUUAGAAAAGGUCUCGGCGAAGAGAUGCGCCAGAACCUAGACGACCAAGCCAUGCUCAUACCUAUCAUCCAGGGAUUCUGCGGGUCCCUUCCAAUCCAUACUGGGAGAUCAUCCAAUUCUGCUCUGGGGAUGAUCAGCAGGCUCAGCUGGAAGCGAGCUGGAGCACGAUUCCGUACGAGAGGAAUCGAUGACGAUGGCCAAGUAGCCAACUUUGUGGAGACCGAAGUCCUGCUAGCCUUGGAGGGCGUGUGUAUGAGCUAUGUGCAGGUGAGAGGAAGUGUACCUCUUUUCUGGCAACAACCUAAUGCAGGGUUGGGCACAUUGCAACAAAGAGUUGAGAUCACCAGGCCACCACAAGCGACUCAGCCAGCAUUCGACAAACAUUUCCUCGAGCUAUUAUCAGAAUACAGCUCCAUUCACGCUAUCAACCUUCUGGGCCAGAAAGAUGCUGAAUCUAUGCUAUCUCAAGCAUACUCCUCCCAUCUUACAUCGCUCAAAUGUGCUCUUGACAAAGCACCCCCAGAAGAAAAAGAACGUAUGAACGCCGCACCUCGUGGGACGUUAGAAUUGUCCCCCUAUGAUUUUCACUCUGCGGUGAGGCUGGGUGGGCAUGAUAAAGUAAGAUACGAUUUGGAUAGGAGCCUGAGGGAGGUGGUGAGUAGUAGGGAGAGAUUUGGGUGGACGGUAGUGGAUAUGGAUAAUGGAGAUGUAGUGGAAGAGCAGCAAGGUGUUUUCCGGGUAAACUGUCUAGACUGCCUCGACAGAACAAAUUACGUCCAAGACGUCCUUUCCACACUCACCAUCACCUCCUUCCUCUCCUCCCUGUCCUCCCCUCUUCUCUCCUCCCCAACCCUCUGGUCCGCCCACCGCGAGCUCUGGGCCGACAACGGUGAUCGCUUAUCCAAAAUCUACGCCGGCACGGGCGCUAUCAACACCUCUGCGACGAGGAGUGGGAAAAAGACUUUUGCUGGUUUGUUAAGCGAUGCGACGAAGAGUGUAGGGAGAGCGUAUAUAAAUAAUUUUCAAGAUAAAGGGAAGCAGGCGGCCAUUGAUAUGCUUUUGGGAAUGAUGGCGGGUCAAAGACCUGUCAUUCUUUUUGAUCCCAUAAGCGAGUCUGUUCAAGCGGCGUUAGCAACGAGGGCGAAUGAGUAUUCGUCGACUAGAAAGGUCACCAUCUUCUCUGGAACGUGGAAUCUUAAUGGAAAGGCUCCCAAUGAGGCGCUGGAUUCAUGGCUCUUCCCUCCUGAUACCCCCGAACCCGAUAUCUACAUGAUUGCCUUUCAAGAAAUUGUCGAACUAACCGCUGGCCAAAUCUUACAAACCGACCCCGCUAAGAAACGUAUGUGGGAAAAAUUCAUCAUGGAUACGUUUGCGAUGCGGAAAGGAGGGAAAGAUUCGGAUUAUGUGCUGUUUAGAGGUGAUCAGCUCGUCGGCACGGCUUUGAUCAUUGUUGUGAAAAAGCAUCUUGUUCCGCAUAUACGGAAUGUUGAAAGUGCUACUAAAAAGACCGGUCUUCAGGGCUUAAGCGGUAACAAAGGCGGUGUAGCAAUCCGGUUAAACCUGUAUGACUCAACAGUUUGUUUUGUGACUUGCCAUCUGGCAGCAGGACAUUCGAAUGUAGGUGACAGAAAUGCGGAUUGGAGGACGGUCGUAGGCGGUACAAGGUUCUUGAGGGGGAAAGUUAUUGAAGAUCAUGAGAUCAUUAUUUGGGCGGCAGAUUUUAAUUACCGUGUUUCGCUCCCUAAUCUUGAAGUAAGAGACCUCGUAAAGGCCAACAGUUUAGAUGCUUUGCUCGGCGCAGAUCAAUUGUUGAAAGCCAUGGACGCUGGAGAGGUGUUUAUGGGGUACGAUGAAGGACCGAUCCGGUUCCCACCAACUUACAAGUACGAUAAUGGAACGGACAGUUAUGAUACGAGUGAGAAGCAGAGAAUCCCCGCUUGGACAGAUCGAGUCUUGUUCAAAGGCUCCGCUCUCCGUUUACAUGAGUACACCCGCGCCGAACUCAUGACGUCCGAUCACCGCCCUGUUUACGCAGUCUUUGAGGCGACCAUCCGCGAGAUCGAUCGUGCAAAAAAGGAGGAGAUCGCAAAAGAGUUGGUACAUGGGCUCGUAAAGAGUGGUGCGGAGAAGAAGAUCGCAGCAAAAGUAGGUGUGGAGAUUGGAGGUGGUGGAGCAAGAGAUUUGGCGAGGGGUAUGGCGAAAGUCGGCUUGUCGCCAUCGAAAAAUCAGAGAUAUCCGCCUCGGCCGAGCUCAUCGGCGUCUACAAGUGAGAAGGGCAGUCCAACACUUGCAGCAGGUCGAAUUCGCUCUAUCUCAACACUCCAACCCCCAUCUACCUCUGCCACUAGUUCUCUCAGAGCUCUAGCCCCAAGUAGAUCGUCAUCCAGUCUAUCUCUUAAAGAAAGAUCCACUCCACCACUACCUCCUCGUCCAAAUCUUCCUUCCAGACCAUCUCAGACUCUCCUGCACUCACCUUCAAAGCCGUCGACAAGGCUCCAAGCCCCCCCAUCAUUACCCCCGGCUUCGCGUUCGAGGUCGACGUCGCAUGCUUCUGCGAAUGGAACAGGUUUGGCCUCAUCAGUCACUUCUGCGUAUCCUGGAGCCCCUUCCCCUGUGACACCGAGUUCUACCGGCGAUUUUGUUAUCAUUCCUCAGCCUUCUACCUCUGACAUUAAUGUUUCCGCCGGAGCGCGUCUUGCGCCUUCUUUACCACCUCGCGCAAUCCCUGUUGCCCCCAAGAUCUCUCCAUCCAAAAAUAGUAUCAAAAUUGACAAUGAACAAAAAGCCCCGACUCGGCGGGAAGCACCUCCUAUACCACGUAAAUCAUUAGACAUCAACGGAUCUCCUCCCAAGGGGUUGAUGUCACCGGUGACUCCCGAUGUUGUGAAAGCAAAAAAUGUCUUGACUGGAGCCGCGGGUGCGAGUGUGUAUGCUGGGACACGUACACGUACGAGACCUAUCCCACCCAAACCAUUGACCAAGACGUCCUCAGGUUCUGUAGCAGCAAUGGUGGCAUCAUUGAAUGGAAAUGAUAAGAAGACGAAUGACGAUACGAGGACGAGUAAUCCGCAGGCAACUUUAACAAGCGCGGAUGCCGAGCAAAGUGCGGGAUCGGGCCCGGCGAUGACGGACAAGGCGGAUGUUUCGACAUCUCCGAAAAGCAAAAAGCAUGCACCUGUGGUGCCCAAAAAGCCUGUAGCGCUGAAAGGCGCGGGUGCAGAGCAGUAAGAGUGGUUAACGUUGUACUUGCAGAGUCGGUAUUACAUAUACAAGAUGCAUGGUGUUGUUGUUGA